UACAACAAGUAUAUUAUUAGCCAGUUAAUUACUUGUAAUAAUAAUUAUUUAACUUUUUUUAAAAAUUAAAUCUAUUUAAUUUCAUUGGACGCCAUCGACAAACGACAACUUAACCUUUUCUAACCCACGGAAUUAUUUUACUCGGUAAAUCGGCUCGUAUUUCUGCGAUACUAACACAUUUUUUAUUUUACCACUAUUUUUCAUCAUCUUAAUCAUCGUGAUCAUUAUUAUUAUGAUGAUUGAUUUCACAGUUUGAAUUUCAACCUCAAGUUUUAUCUAAUUGCGAAACAGCUACUGGACUUUUAUAAUUUACUUAAAAAAUACGUUACGGUAAAGUGUAUAUAGACAAAUUGGUGAGCCGGCAGGCAAGAUGGGCAAACUCUUGUCAAAAAUAUUUGGCAAUAAGGAGAUGCGCAUCCUUAUGCUGGGCUUAGACGCAGCUGGAAAAACUACAAUAUUGUAUAAACUCAAAUUUGGACAAAGUGUCACAACAAUACCGACAGUAGGAUUUAAUGUAGAAACAGUAACAUACAGAAACGUUAAGUUUAAUGUUUGGGACGUGGGCGGCCAAGAUAAAAUACGCCCGCUCUGGCGUCAUUAUUAUACCGGAACACAAGGACUUAUUUUUGUAGUAGAUUGUGCGGAUCGUGAUCGAAUCGACGAAGCUCGUCAAGAAUUGCAUCGAAUUAUCAACGACAGAGAAAUGCGUGACGCUAUUAUUUUAGUAUUUGCCAAUAAACAAGAUCUUCCAAAUGCUAUGAAGCCACACGAGAUACAGGAGAAAUUGGGUCUAACGAGAAUACGAGAUAGAAAUUGGUACGUGCAGCCGUCAUGUGCCACGACGGGGGAUGGACUCUACGAAGGCCUUACUUGGUUGACUAGUAAUCAUAAAUUAUGAAUAAUUAGUUAGUCUUAUUCCUCGCGGUUUAUAAAACUAAACAAGAUAAAUAAUGAUAAAUAAUUUAAAUAAUAAGUUACAACUACAACAUUAACAUCAUAUACAACUCGCCUGCCAUGUGAUUUUACCUUACGUCAAUGUUGAGACUCAGCGGUUAUAAUAACGCGUAAAAAUAUAAUGAUUGUGAAUAGUGAUGUGAUGUGUGAUGUGCUGAUGUGAUGGCAUAACAUACAACAUAAAUACAUUCAUAUUACACACUCGUCCGUCGCUGUGUGCAAGCUAACUUACGAACGUGAUGGAAUGUGAAUCUAAUGUACAAUGGCUUGUUUAAAUAAUAUAUGUAUAGAGAAGGAGAGUAAGAGUAAGAGAGAUAAAGAGGGAGAGCAAGGGAGAGAGUGGGCUGCUAGAUAGACAUCCCCAUUCACACAGUAGUCUAUCGUUCAACAAUCACCCGCCAAUGUCUCUCUUAUCAAAAUUACCGGUUCUAUCUCUUAUUAUUAUUAUUAUUUUUUUUUAUUUUAUUAUUUCGUUGUAUAAUUGUACCCGAGGUUUAUCAUAGAAAAUUAUUUCUGUUCAAACAAAAUAAUUAUAUAUAUAUUAAAUUUAAAAGAAAUUAAAUGAAAUCGUAAAAGAGUUUGUAAAAUCUGACAGUUUAUUUGGGUGUGAAUUUAUUUUUUUUAAAUUGUAGAGCAGAAAUUUUUGCAAUAUUGAUUAUUUGAAACUUGUGCAGAUCGAAAUUUAUUUGAAAAGAAAAUAGAUAUUUUUUUAUUAUUAUUAUUAUUUAAAUAAAAUUGGCGGUACUUGUAAUUUUAAAAAUGUAUUAUGUUCACAAGCUUGAGCCAGUAAAAAAGUUAAUAAAAAUUUAUUAUAUAUUAUAAAUAUUGAUAUUGAUUAAAUUGCGAUAAUAUUAUUGAUUAUUUUUAAAAAAAAUAAAUCAGCAAGAGCUUUGUUCAGCGUUUAAAUUAGUAACAAUGAGAUGUAUAAAUUUAUUGCUUAUUGCAAACGUUUAUUACGUUAUAGUUUUAAGUAAUAAUUAUUAAAAAUCACUUGAAGCAAUUUAAAUAAAUACCACAAUGGAAUUUAUUUAUUUAAUAAUUAAACAAAAUAAAAUAAAAUAAUAAUUGUGGCUUAUGUCAGUUAAUUUAUAAUAAUAAUAAUAAUAAAUUUAAAUAAAAUGAUGUAUCGCCACGAUAAUUAAUUUAUUAAGAUUUAAAUAUAAUAAAAUUAUUAAGCUUAAAAAUUGAAAUAGUUUUUUUAUAAAAUAAUAAAUAAAAUAAAGUACAACAGCGCGACGAUUUUGUUGUAAUGGUCAAAAAAUUUCUGCAAAUAAUUGAACUUAAUUAUCAUUAUUAUUAUUAUUAUGUCUAACGCUCAAGAUAUUUAAUUGCUAAAAUUAUUAAGUAUUUUUUAAUUAGUGUAAUGUAGCAGACAUCAGACAAAUUUAAAAUAAUAAAUCAAUAGAGUAAAUAAUUUUAAAAAAUGAACUUAUUAAUUUGAAAAUUUUUUUAAUGCGCAUUUUUUUUUAAUUUAAUUUUAUUAAUUAUCUACUCUAUUAAUAAUUUUAAAUUUGUCGUCUGCUACAUUCACACUCAUAUUUUUUAAUUCAAUUGUCAGCAGAAUUUUUUCCCACUUUAUUUUUUUUUUACAUGUAACAGCAUAAAUAAUUAACGAGCACAUGAGCAAAAUCACAAGCGACGUUAAAUGAGCAUAAUAAAAAAAAUAUUUUAUUAAUAUUAUUAUUAUUACGAUUAUUUUUGAUCAAUAUAUGAGUGUUCAUAUUAAGUAGGAAUUAAAUAAAUUGAAUUAUAUAGGGAGUGGAUACGUAUCUUCUUUGAUGUUGCCAAAGCAACGUUGCAAUUGCAUUCCGUAGUAUAAAAACCAUUUAAAAAAAAAAACAUUUUUAGACAUUU